CUCACCCUUUUAAGGGGAGUGACGUCCUCCCACGGAGGUGGAGACACCGUAAGGCCACUUGAUGUCAUAUAGAAGUGGGUGUAUAAAAUGAGAGAAGUUGCUGCGAGAAGCCGGUUGAUUUGCAAUAUUUAUAUUUCUGCGGCACAAUGCAAAGCCCACCUAAACCUCAGUUUGCCAGUUGGCUCAUCGAGCAAGUGGAGACGGGGCAGUACACCGGACUGCGCUACGUGGAGCAAAACAAGUUCAGAGUCCCGUGGAAGCACAACUCCAGGAAGGACUGCAACGAUGAGGACAGUAAAAUAUUCCGGGCCUGGGCUGUGGCGAGUGGCAAAAUCAACGAGUUCCCCAAUGACAAGGCCAGAUGGAAAACCAACUUCCGUUGUGCUCUUAACAACCUCUCUCUGCGCUUCAAGAUGAUUAAAGAUAAUUCCAAGAAUCAAGACGACCCACAUAAAAUCUAUGAGAUUAUCAACACUGACUGCAACUAUGAAGGUUUGCCAAUGCAGGACUGCCAGGAUUCUGACAUGACUCCAGACAUUUUCAGCCCAACCAUUGAGUAUUUCCCAACAGGAAAUGAGCACAAUCUGCAUCAGGAUUUCAUGGCUUUGAAUCUUGGCAACAAACCAGCAGGGGAGCAGUUGUGGAUGGAGAGUGAUAUCCUGCAUGAUAAUCCUGUUUUCAUUAGUUAUCCUACUGCAACUGAGAACCUCCCACAAUAUUUACCUGGGGAUCAGCUGGCUUACAACCAGGCAGUCAAUCCUGCUCCGGUCCUUAGUUCACCUCAGCAGCCCAGUCUGUACGACCUGGAGAUCUCCAUCCACUACAGGAAGAAAGAGAUGCUGAAGACGACGCUGCAUACCAACCGUCUUCAGCUCCACUACCACAGCAAGGAGCCUGAGUUCAACGCCUUUCAUCUCUGCUUUCCUUCCACAGAUGGCCUGCUGGACCACAAACAGAUUGAAUACACCAACCGCAUACUGAACAGCAUACAGCGCGGGCUGCUCUUGGAGGUACAGGACACCGGUAUCUAUGCCCGGAGGCAAGACAAAUGCCACGUGUUUGCCAGCACCAGCGACCCCAGUGUAGCUCUUCCGAACCCCCAGAAAUUGCCCAAAAACACAGUGGUGGAGCUCCUCAGUUUUGACAAAUAUGUUAAUGAGCUUAAGCAGUUCAAGGAGAACAAUGGCCGCUCCCCUGAAUACACCAUCAACAUGUGCUUUGGAGAAAAGUUUCCAGAUGGAAAACUGCUGGAAAAGAAGCUCAUCGUUGUGAAAGUGGUGCCUCUGAUUUGCCGCUAUUUUCACGACAUGGCCCAGAUGGAGGGUGCAUCGUCUCUCCACAGCGCCAACGUCAGCCUGCAGAUUUCACAUAACAGCCUCUUUGAUCUCAUCAGCUCUGCGUUUUCUUUGCCAGGAGUUGAAGAGCCACUGCCCACUCCGGCGCUUUUCAUCGAUCAGAUUUCAAACUUGAUUUCUCACUGAUUUUUGUGAAAGUUAUAUAAAAUAGUAGCCAGUCAGGUGAACUGCUUCAUGAGUUAAGAAUGAGCUUACACAGCAAGGAACAUUAACUGACUACUUACAAUUAAGAUUAAAUAUCGUUAUCUCCAUUUUACUUUUUUUUUACACUAUUUAAACACUGACACUUAAACCACUACAAAAGUAGAAACAGUCCCUUUAGCUAGUGAACUGUUACAAAACAAGCUUUUACACAAUUAAUGUAUAAUGUCCAAUUGUCUUUUGACAUAUAUGCUAAUUUGUCUUUCAGUGUCUGAUUUUUAAAAAACCAUAAGAUUGUACUGGUUUUCAGAUAAUCUUCAAACAUGUCUGUUUUGUAUUACUCGUUUGUCUGACAAGUGCUGAUAAAUAGAUAACUAUAGGUUAAACUGCUACUCCAAUACAACUCUAUCCCACAGAGUUUAUAAACUAUGUAAAUAUGUGAACAGAGCAAUUACUUGUUUUCUGUAUUUAACUGAGAAUAUUAAGUUUUUAAAUGGCAAAAUAAAAAAGAAACUGCAAAGA